UCAUUUCGCUCCAAUUGGCUAAAAAUGAUGAUCUUUGGGCGGGUGUGGAUGGAUGAUACUAAUCUGUGAUGGUUCAGUGUCAUUUACAAGUGGUCGGCAGUGGCAAGGCAGACACUGGGUUGAGUAUUAUCCUAUUUUUCGACGACCACCGAUAUCUGUUCAACUGUGGUGAAGGGACACAGCGUCUAUGUGCAGAAAAAGGACUGAAUCUUUUCCGCGUCGACACAGUCUUCUUUACUGGACUAGACGCUCGUUGUGCAGGCGGACUUUUUGGUACGUUAUUGACUUUAGCUGAUGCAGGUAAGACUCACUUGGAGCUGUUUGGACCCACAGGUUUGGUUAGAUUUUUCGCAGCUUCAAGUUGUUUUUAUCGCAGACCCUCACUUGAGUUGAGUUUAAAAGAAGUUGGAACUGGUGCUAUAGAUGGAAAGGUAUACAGAGACGAGAAUAUUGAAGUGACCGCUGUCCCGUUGGUUUGUGAAUGUUCUCCUACUAAUUUGGAGAUUCCCAGUAGUAAACAAAAAAAGCCACGAACAACUUUUCAAACAUCGAUUCUAUGUUAUGUUAUAACCAUGAAAGAUAUUCCUGGGAAGUUUGAUCCUCUUGCAGCCAAAGCACUGAAUGUACCAAAAGGUCCUUUAUUUGGUAGACUUUCAAAAGGAGAAACCAUCACAUUAUCUGAUGGAAAGAAAAUUAUGCCUUCACAAGUUGUAUCAGAACCUUUUCCUGGACCUUGUAUUGCUAUUAUAUUCUGUCCUGAUAUUCAUUAUAUAUCCUCAGUAACUUCGUCUUCGAGAUUGAAUCGUUUUGCCUUGAGAGCCAUCGAAAAUCCAAAAAGAAAGGAACGUCAUUUAUGUGUAGUCCAUAUGGCUGUUUGUGCUGUAUUAGAGAAUAGAACUUAUAUUGAGUGGGCCAAGUCCUUGGGGAAUAAUGUCCAUCAUAUUUUAUUAUUAGAAGAUUCUCUUGAUGCUCCAUUAAUAUUUGAGGCACAAGCAGAGUUGCUCAAAUUGUUAUCUGGUUGUGUGGACCGGGAAAUGUUUCAAAUACCUAAGGAUACAUCGAAUUUGGAGAAAAGUGAAAGAAAAGUAUUUUGUGAUCUAAAGAAAAAUAUAUUGGAAAAGUGGAAUGACAUUGAUGCCAUUUUUGGUGAGUCUUUGUUGAAAUAUCAUUUGGCACCAAUAAGUAGGCUUGGAAUGGAUCCUACCUCUAUAACAGGAAGAGCAUAUCAAGAUGGCAUUGACUCAAAUACGGAAAGCAAAAAUGAAACUUUGUUCUCAUCAGAAACUUGGAAAUCUAAAGACAUCGCAUCCUCAAGGAAAAGCCCUUCCUGUUUUGAAGACGUCGGAGAAAUGGUAUUUCUUGGUACUGGAGCCGCCAUUCCUAGCAAGUUGCGUAACGUAAGUGGUAUUUACCUUCAUUUGUAUCAUCGAGGCGGUAUCUUGCUAGAUUGUGGAGAAGGAACUUUUGGACAAAUAUUACGAGUGUUUGGUAUAAGUGAAGUGAACUAUUUCAUUGUUCAUUUAAAGCUUGUUUUCAUUUCCCAUAUGCAUGCGGAUCAUCAUUUGGGAGUUUUGCGCAUUUUGGAAUAUCGUUUAAAACUGGAUGCUGAACAGCCUUUGAUCAUUAUGGGUCCAUCAGAACUCAAUGUUUGGUUACAGGAAUAUGAACAAGUGAAUGGACAAUUGCUUCAUUAUGUCUUUUUGGAUAAUGAGAGUUUUGUUUGUCCACAACAACCUAUAGUAAACUAUGUAUCUUCUAAUAUCGGCUUGCAGAUAGAGACUGUACCUGUCUUGCACUGUUUCCAUGCAUAUGGUAUUGUGCUGUUUGACAACCUCUUUGAAUGGAAAAUGGUUUAUUCUGGUGAUACAAUGCCUUGUGACGCUCUUAUUCGUGCUGGACAAGAUGCCAAUCUUGUGAUACACGAGGCCACGUUUGAGUCGACUAUGGAACAAGUAGCUUUAGAAAAGGGACACUGUACUUAUAGACAGGCAUUGGAUGUUUGCAAAGCAAUGAGACCUCAUUGGAUAAUACUUACUCAUUUUUCACAACGAUAUUCGAAAUUACCUGUGAUAGAUAGUUUAUCAGAUACCAAUUUGUUUGUUGCUUUUGACCUGUUGAGAGUUCCAUUCUCGAAGCUAUCUCAGUUACCAUCUUUGUUACCAACUUUAUGCGAACUUUUUAAAGACGACGAAGGAAACAGUGGAAAAGAACUGCAAGCUGCGUAUUGAGAGUUUUAUUGGAACCAACUCAAGGGGCAACCAGAAGUUUGUCGUUCUGUGUUGGAGUCUUUCUUUGAAGACAUGUUCUUGGAAAGCGAUUUCUU